AUGAAAACGGCUCGGAUAGCUGCUGAUGAACUUUGUCAACUUCACAAAAACGGUGUCGAUUAUAGUUCAAAAUUGAACUAUCUUAUUAAAGUACAUUCAACAGCUUUCUACCUAAAAGCGGCAACAUCUGCUCAACUUAAAGAUGCUUUAAUCGAUGGGCUAAAACUAUUGCGCACAGAUGUUAUUGACAGUGUUAAUGCUUUCAAAAUGGAUAUUCAUCACGAACAACUCUUCGUAGAAGAAUUAUCAUCUACUGCACAUAUUUUAACAAAACUUGACAACACUGCAUCAAUUGCAAUAUCAUCAAAAUUCGUGUAUCAGCUCGCGAUCAAUUCAUCAAAUAGCAUAGAAAAACGAUCUGUCAGUGAUGAUAUAGAUGUUGGAACUAAAAAAAUGAAAGUCGAAACUCCUGUGCUUGAAGAAAAUGUUUCAAUGCUUUCAGCUAUAAAUGUUCCACCAAAAUUUGUGAGCGCAGCUACGAUGGUUGAACAAGUUUCUGAAAUCACAGAUGAAGAACUGUUGGAAUUUACACUUGAAUUCGAGCGUAAACACGGAAUAUAA